AUGAAUACAUCUUAUCACUAUGAAAUUACUGAAUAUGCUGCAUAUGAAAUUGGCUUUUCAACAGAAAUAGGAGUUAUUAAUUUCACAACUGCAUCAAAUACAUCAUCUACAGAAUUAGAUGGAAUGUACAAUUUGGGUGACUUUAAUAUUAUAAAAUGUAAUUAUUUAUACAAUGAAUGUACAGGAGAUGAUGCUGCAAUAAUUGAUUGUGAUACUUCAUGUACAUAUUCAAAUUGUUCAUUCAUAGGAAAUAAAGGAUACUGUUUAUUUGAUGAAGAACCAUAUCUUGAUAAUUGUUACUUUGAUAAUAAAGAUGUCACUCAAACUGUAUGGGAUGGUUAUUCAGGUACAUUUGAAUCAAUCAAUCCAUUAGAUUCAUUUAUAUCUCAUUAUGCAGUUGAGGGGUGUCCCAGUACAUAUUUUUAUAAAAAGGAAGAAUCAGAAAAAACAUUAAAAAUGAAAGACAUCGAAAAUAUUAUUAUCAAUAUUUUAUUAACAUCAUUUGUUGUAACAGUAAACAUAUCUUCUUCUAAAAUAGUAUAA